CGUAGCCGCGUCGGACUCCGGCUGGCUGGGAGCUGUCAGGGUGAAUCCCGGAGCCAGACGCCGAGAGACAACGGGAGGGGAAGCACGCAGCGGGCAGAGCGGAAGGCAAGAAGGAAGGGAGCCCCGAGCUGAGGAGGGUUUGCCGAGCCUGGAAGGAAAGAAGGCGGAGGAAGGGCGGGAGUAUGGACCCGCUUUCCGCCCUCCCUCAGCAUUUUUUAAAUCCCUGACAGACAGACGGACUCCCGAGCUACUCCGUGUGGCGUGAAGGCUUCUCUCGCUGCACCGCCUCCCUCCUUUCCCCUCUCUCUGAAGGAGCUCGCGAUUGGGAAUCCCUUUGAGAGGCGAAAGGUCGGGCUGCAUGGAUGGACACCAAGGAGGGGCAAACCUCUCUUCCCUCGUCUCUCUCCCGCCCUUAAAGCCAGGCUGCCUCUUCGCCCAGGUCUUUAUUGAUCUGGGCCUUUUGAAUGGACAGAGGAAGAAUCUGGAAUUGUAACAAUUGAAUGCUGUAAAACAACUGUGCCCUGAAGCAAGAGCCCUAGAAUGAAGUGAAAAGGGAGUGACUGAAAUCAGGAUUUGUGAGAGAGAAACGUGAAACACCAAGGCUAGCCACUUCAACUUCACUUGUGUGUUUGCUGCUCACUCCAGUGACACAGGGAGUGGAUAGUGUUUGAGAGAGGCAGUGCUCUCUCCUCACAGAGAUUAUGAUGUCGGUGGAAACAUCAACGAUUACAAGCAGGAUAAAGAACCUACUUCGAUCUCCCUCUAUCAAACUGCGCAGGAGCAAGCCGGGGAACAAGCGGGAAGACAUCAGUUCAAAAGUCACCUUGGAAAAAGUCUUGGGAAUCACUGUCUCUGGAGGCAGAGGAUUAGCUUGUGACCCGAAGAGUGGACUCGUUGCCUAUCCAGCUGGGUGUGUUGUUGUGCUGUUCAACCCCAGGAAGAAUAAGCAACAUCAUAUUCUGAAUAGUUCCAGGAAGACUAUAACGGCCCUUGCUUUCUCACCUGAUGGCAAAUACCUGGUUACUGGAGAGAGCGGGCACAUGCCUGCUGUUCGUGUGUGGGAUGUUGCCGAACGGACCCAAGUGGCUGAGCUUCAAGAACACAAAUAUGGAGUGGCCUGCGUGGCGUUUUCCCCGAGCUCUAAGUACAUCGUCUCAGUGGGUUACCAGCAUGACAUGAUAGUCAAUGUUUGGUCAUGGAAGAAAAACAUUGUAGUGGCAGCCAAUAAGGUCUCAAGCAAAGUGACAGCUGUUUCUUUCUCUGAGGACUGCAGCUAUUUUGUCACAGCUGGAAACCGACACAUCAAAUUUUGGUACCUGGAUGAUAGUAAAACUUCAAAGGUGAAUGCAACAGUUCCCCUGCUCGGGCGUUCUGGUUUGCUUGGAGAACUGAGGAACAACUUCUUCACAGAUGUAGCAUGUGGGAGGGGUAAAAAAGCCGACAGCACUUUCUGUAUCACAUCUUCAGGUCUCCUUUGUGAAUUCAAUGAAAAGAGGUUGCUGGACAAGUGGGUAGAGUUGAGGAAUACAGACAGCUUCACAACUACUGUGGCCAACUGCAUUUCUGUGAACCAUGAUUACAUCUUCUGUGGCUGUGCGGAUGGCACUGUACGGAUUUUUAACCCUUCCAACCUUCACUUCGUGACCACACUCCCAAAACCACACUUCCUUGGGACAGACAUUGCCAGCGUCACAGAGGCCAGCCGACUGUUUUCUAAUGUGACCGAUGCCAAGUAUCCAGAUACCAUUGCCUUGACUUUUGACCCCAACAACCAGUGGUUGUCAUGUGUUUACAACGAUCACAGCUUGUAUGUGUGGGAUGUCAAGGACCCCAAGAAAGUGGGCAAGGUUUAUUCUGCCUUAUAUCAUUCCUCGUGUGUCUGGAAUAUUGAGGUGUACCCUGAGGUGAAGGACAACAAUCAGUCUUGCUUACCCCCAAACUCUUUCAUCACCUGCUCCUCAGAUAAUACUAUCCGGCUCUGGAAUACCGAAAGCUCAAAUAUCCAUGGAACAGCUCUGCAUCGAAACAUUCUGAGCAAUGAUCUGAUGAAAAUUAUCUAUGUCGAUGAAAACACCCAAGCCCUCCUGGACACAGAGUACAACACAGCUGGAGGGGUGGACAAGGCAGAUUCACAAAUCCUGGAUGCAAAAGUGGGAAUUCGCACAGUUUGUGUCAGCCCUACUGGGGAGCACCUGGCAUCAGGUGACAGGAUAGGCACUCUCAGGAUCUAUGAGUUGAAGUCCAUGAAAGAGAUGCUGAAGGUAGAAGCCCAUGAUUCUGAAAUUCUCUGCCUUGAGUAUUCAAAGCCUGAGACAGGUUUGAAGCUUCUAGCAUCAGCUAGUAGAGACAGACUGAUCCAUGUUUUGGAUGCUGGGAGGGAUUAUAGCCUCCAGCAGACCCUAGAUGAGCAUUCAUCCUCAAUUACAGCAGUGAAGUUUGCAGCCAAUGAUGGAAAAGUGCGAAUGAUAAGCUGUGGAGCAGAUAAGAGCAUCUAUUUCCGCACUGCACAAAAGACCAGUGAUGGGGUUCAUUUUACUCGGACACACCAUGUUGUCAGGAAAACCACUCUUUAUGACAUGGAUGUCAAUCCCAACUGGAAAUACGCUGCCAUUGGAUGCCAAGAUCGUAACAUCAGGAUUUUCAACAUUAGUAGUGGGAAGCAAAAGAAGCUGUACAAGGGAUCCCAAAGUGAAGAUGGCACCUUAAUUAAAGUGCAAACAGAUCCCUCUGGUCUGUAUAUUGCGACAAGUUGCUCUGACAAGAACCUUUCUAUCUUUGACUUCUACUCAGGCGAGUGUGUCGCCACAAUGUAUGGGCACUCAGAGAUUGUAACUGGGAUGAUGUUCAGCAAUGACUGUAAACACUUGAUCUCUGUCUCUGGUGACAGCUGUAUUUUCAUCUGGCGUCUGAGUUCUGAGAUGACCAUCAACAUGCGACAAAGGCUGGCUGACAUGAAGCAAAGAGGAAAACAAGCAGAGAAAGCACAACCAGGCAAAACCACUGGGCUCACCAGGCAUGAAUCAGCAUCUGCCCUCUCAUCUAUACCACCACUUUCAUCAGACAGUGACAAAGAGGGGGAAGAUGAAGGGAAUGAAGAAGAUGAGUUACAAGGAUUGCAGUCUUUUCAAAUGCAGACCAAGUGCAAUGCUGAAAGAGAUUCAGAUUCAGAUCUUUCUUUUUCAAGAAGCUUGUCCCACUGGGAAAUGAGAAGGGCAAAAGAAAUGGCAAUGAUUGAAUGUUCAGAGGCCACCAUGAGCAAGGCACCUCAGCAGCGUAGUCGUUGGUCCCAGCCAACCAGCACUAUAGAGAUGACAGUAAAAUCCAUGCUUGAUUUACGCCAGUUGGAAUCUUUCUCGGUCUCCCGGUCUGCCAGCCAUGACUCUCUUUCCCAAACCAGCAAUGGGGAUGACCAAGAAGAGCGUCCUGAUCUCCCUCUGCAUGCUAAUAAUGUUGGAAGCUCCUCAGCUCCCCAGGAAAACCAGCCUUGUGUUCGACCCCAAGUAAUUCGGCUUGUAUCCUGUGAAGGUGGAAUUUUCCCUCAGGAGCUGGAACCGUCAGAGAGUGAGGAAUGCGUGAUAUACCCAGAGCAGGAUGAGAUGCAUCCUACAGACAUUAGCAGUGAAUUCCAGGUAAAAGCUCUUCCCCAUGGAAAACUAGGUAGAGGCUACCAUAACAGUGGCUGCCCAGAUAAGCACAGUCCUGACAGCGCCUGCUCCAUGGAUUACAGUAGCAGUCGGCUAUCCAGUCCAAAUGAAGAUUCUGAGAGCACAGAACCUCUCAGCGUGGAUGGCACUUCAGACUUGGAUGAACAGGUGGGAGAAGAAGAUGAAGAGGAUGUAAGCCCUGGUCACUUGGAGGGAAAUGCUCCCAGGACUCCAGAUCAAGAGAAGUUCCUCAAGCAGCAUUUUGAAACUCUGGCUGGUGACAGUGACAAGGGUGGACCAUAUAGGACUUUGGAGAGGACAGAGAACAGUAUUUCUUCUCGUUUUCUGUCCCAGUCCCCAGCACUCAGGCAGUUAUCACUUUCUUCGUCAAAUCUCAUACUGGAUCGAAAACCCAGCGAAGGGCUUGCCUGGUCAAGACACGUUUCUCCAGGUCUAGUAAAAAAUGGGAUUGAUGGCCAGAACUCAGCCAUAGAGAACGGCAUCUUUCAAAAUGAUGUCCAUUCCUUCAGAUCACUUUAUAUGCAGAGAAAGAGAAAACCUUUUCUAGAAAUCAGCAGAGGUGCUGGAAGACCUGUUAGGACUUUCCCAGAUACUGAUGGGGAAUUGGUGAUGAGAAAGUCUCAAUCAGUUCAUGACCUUGUUCACAAUGAUAAGGUUCCAGGGUCGAUGCCUUCUGCCAGGCAGCGUCCUCAGACACUCAUGGUAGGUGAGAAGGAUCCAAGGCCCAAUAACUAUCGGCCCUUGUCUACAACUCUGUUGAAGAUGGAUGGCUCCAAUUCUCUUCAAGCCAAAGACAGCAAAACUACAAAACCAAAGUCUUACAUGAGCCCCACUACUAGCUUCAUGGCUAAAAUGUCCCGUAGCAUAUCUGUGGGUGAAAAUCUGUGCUUUGGUGACUCUUCAGAGAACCUGACUGAGGUGAAGGUCAGCCCACAAGGACCCGAGAAGACACUCUUAAGUCCUUUAGUGGACACUGAGAAGAAUAAGCUACCUAUGAAAGAAAGUGGUCCAGGGAAGCCUGCUCUUCAGCAGAGCACAAGUUCUUCAUCACCCAAGUCCUUUCACAGCAAGUUAGCCUCUAACCGUGGCCAUUUGAUCCUUGACAUCCCCAAACCUCUACCUGACAGACCAACAUUGGCUUCUUUCUCACCAACUGCCAGAUCAAAAACAUUGCUAGAGUCAGAGUCUCCCCAGUCACCUGCUGGAGUUGGUAGAAAGAAAUGUUUGUUCACGGAAGAAUGGCCUUCCAAGUUGGAAAUCCAGGCAUCAGUGCCUAAAGCUAGCCCAGCAAGUCCCUCUACGCACACUUUAAAGGAGAACCAGAUGUCAUUGCGGACCAAAGUCCAACCUGAGUCACCAGGUCCUAAUUCCAGGCCAAAGGAGUUUUCAGAUGGUCUGCAUCAAAAAUCUCCAGAACAACAACCAGCAGGAUGCAGAGAGAGAGUUGCAAGCCCUUGUUGUGUGCCAGACAGUCUGCAUGAGCUUUGCUCUUUUGAACCAAGUGAGCUGAGGUCUCCCACGGCUCUUGGAGCCAUAGCGCAGGACUCAGGAGGUUCUUCUAUCAGUGUGGAGCACUGCAGGCAUGUUGUAUCUGAGCUCCAAGACAGCAUGCGUAAAGCCAUACAUCUGUACCAUAUGGUUUCUGCUGACAUGGGGACUUCAGCUGACAAAGAUGAAAUUGCUGGUCUUCUAACAGAUACCUUCUCUGUGAUGAAGAAAGAACUAGAUUCCCUAAAGGAUGGAAAAGAGCUUCAAAGGGGAAAAGAAGCAUUGGUGAAGCCACAAGAUGCAGUUGUAAUGCCUCUGAGUGAAGGUAGUGGUUCAGCUUUAUCCAGUCCUCGACAUUUUGGAGAUGAGCAAACUCUUGCUUUGUUGGAACAAUAUUCGGAGCUGUUGCUACAAGCUGUUGAGCGACGUAUGGAUAAAAAACUGUGAGAAGUUCUAUGGCCCAUAAAUACACUGGUAGCCACACAGGAAAAAAAAAAACAUUGGGCAGAUUCAUGGUGGAAAACUUGGAGGAAUGUUUUGUUUCUGUACAGGAAAGAGAAAUCUUGUCUUUUAUAAGAAGCAGUUCUUACCAAGCAUCUGUUUUCAGAUAUGUGCUGGUCACGGUACUAAUUUUUCAGUGCCCACUUCUUUUUAGACUGUUUAGAAAAACUCCUUAGGAACUUUUCUUCCAGCCAUAAUUUUUAAGAAUUCACAGGAUCAAACAAAUAAACUGUGGCCCAUUUUGAAAACCUUGAUGUCACAGAAGAUCAAGAUGACACCAACCAGUCCUCUACUGCAUUGUCUUGAUCCCUGUACAGAUUGUUAAAUUUUUUAUUUAUUAAUUUAUUUGGUGACUAUUGCUCUAAACUUUUCACAUACAUUUUCUAACCUGCAUCUGUAUCUGCAUCUUUCCUACAUUCUGUCAUAAGAGACAAGUUUUGUUGCAACAAAUGUAUUGAUAGACUAGUUGGCAGGAACAUUGAACUAUGUAUGGUGAAGCCUGCCAUGAUGGGUUUUACUUCCUUAUAUCUGGAUUUAUCAUGCAUAGGGUGUUUUUUUUAAAUGUAUUUUACAGUUUUGUUUUCUCAGCUUUGAUUUUUAUUAUUAUUAUUAUUAUUAUUAUUAUUAUUAUUAUUAUUAUUAUUAUUAUUAUUAUUUUAAAAUUAAACCUAUGUUUUACCUAUAUUUGCUGCUUCCACAGGACAGUAUACCCUUUGGACUAAGCUUUGGAGAUCUGUUACAAGCUAUUGGCAAAAGAGAUGGGUUUUUUUUACAGAAACUGUUGAUAAUUUUUUCAGGUUUUAUAGAAAACAUGGCCUCUUGUCAAGCACCAAAACUUGCAAAAUAAUUGAAGUAUUUUCAGAACCUGUUCUUAGUAGUUGUAUUCAAUUGCAGAUAUAUGGCGUCCUCUUAAUAUUAAUAUCAGAGAUUUGGGAGUUUGGGAAAAGGUUGAAUUUAUGACAACAUACCUAAAGGUUUUAUUUACAGUUUUGAUUUCAAUUUAUAUGAAUCUAAACAAUGAAGAGAACCUGGUAGUUCAUAAUAUUGCAUGAUAGGUACCUAAUAUCCCAGCAGUGGGAUUCUUUUGUUUUUCUCCAUAACUAAAACCAUAAAAUACCAAAUUAAGCGUGAAUGACACAAGAACUACAUAUUGAAUGAUAUGUAAUUAUCUCCAUUUCUUCUUCUAUAAGAUCUUUGGAAAUGUUUUUCUGUGUGAGUGGCCUAUUGAAAUGAGACUGUAUAUUGUCGUUAGUAAUAUCCAGUUGAUAGCAAUUAGUCCAUUUCUGUUUUCAAUUAAACAAGGAAGAACUUGCUGUUCCUUUUCUGCUAAUCAUAAAGGAAAAUUGCAAGGCUUCUUAGAAGGGUCAUACAAGUAUUUUUCUUCAUUUACUAUACCCUCAUUUUCAAUCUUGCUCUGCUUGGGUGAUUGCACAAGUGCCAGUUUACUGAACUGUCAGUCUUAUCAUAGUCCCAAAUAAGUGAUAGUGACGAAGCAUGACUGACCAAUAAGUUUGUAUUGCUGCUUCUCCCGGUCAGAGAACAGCUCCAUCUACUGUUGUCAGUGUUGUCAUUGAACAUGGCUGAUCUAGUGCUUUCUGAAUAGCUUUUUCCACUUGCACUUUUGAAGCUGUAGUGUGAGCAAUGUCUUUCACUGCAUUACAGGGCUGGUAUCCUGCAGUGUAGCUUCUUAUCCAGCUCACAUUUUGUAACGCUCCAGUGCUGAGUGGCCUGCAGAGCAGCCCUCUUCUUUUGGCUGGCCGGCCAGCUGACUGUCCUUAAUGCACUCCAAGGCUGGGACUUAGAAUGUUUUUUGUACUUUUUAAUGUGUCCCUCCUAGAUCUUUCUAGCUGUCUUGGUCAAAUAUUUCUUUGAAUAUGCUUGAAUGGCAAUUAAAACACACUCACUAGAAUGUAGGUUCUGCUAGUUCUUUCCAUCCAUGAGUGAACAUGAAAAGGGUUAGGGCAUGGUGUGUUAUAACCAGUAUGUAUCACAAAGGCAUCUGUUUGCUGCAUCUGAAAGGUAUUCCUUUCAUGUGAACAUUAGAGUGGCUUUUCUUUGUAUGUCUUAGUAGGUAGAAUACCUUUAUCUGUUCACAUUGAGACUGUGAAGUGUCUAGUGUUCAGGAAACUUUCCUGUUCUGGGACACACAUAUACUCAGGUAAGAGUCAUAUUCCAACAGUUGUAUGGCAAAAAUAAAGAGAGAUGGAGGAACUUGGUAUUGAUUUAACACCUGAAGUCAUUGAAUGCAUUGGUUUAACAGCAAAAUAAAAAAUUUGUUUGACUAUACCUCAGUACUAUUGAUACUGCAGUACUUACCUAGUUAAUGAUUCAUCAGGAACUGUCUAGGAUGAAAUGCAGUAUCAUGUAAAUUCUGCAUUAGUGUCAAAGCAGGGUUUUCAGUAGCUAGUUCUCAUCAAAGUGUUUUUUUUAAAAAAAAAAUGGGUACUGUAUACUUGCAUGGAUCAAGGUGGGAAAAUAAUAAAAAUGGGUUCCAAGAGUGAACAAGAAUUGUAGUUUUGGGUGGUCUUGAGUAUGUAGACAUGCAAAGAGCUAUGGGCUAACAUUACAAUAUGUAUCCUGACCCACAGCUUCUAGAAAAGUAGUAGUAUGGCUAAGAAUGUGGUGAUUAUUAAAGAUCAAAUUGUGAAUGAUUUUUUUUCUGAUGGGAAAGAUGCAAUACAAGUUAAGUGGAUGAAAAGACAUGUUGAUUUUGAAAGUUUGAUAAUGUACCCUUUAUUUUCCCACGUAUAUCCAUAAUUUGGAAUACCUUUGGGGGCUAACAUCUUCAGAAAGUCAGUUUCCCAAAACAGCUUGACGCUAAUGAGAUUCUUUGUGCCCUGGUUUUCCAUCCAAAGAAAUCUGUGGCUGAAGAAGCAGGAGGAACGUACACUUGAUGCUUAAGAAAAAUGUUUCAGUCUAAAAGAAUAUUCCAUAGCUAUUCACCUUUGGUUGUAGCACUCUAUUUUUUUGUCAUAGAUAAUUGACUUGGGCACAUCAUAUAAAAUAUCUGUUACAAAACUGAGUGGGGAGUCAGAUGUCAUGAAGCUAUGCCUAUUAUUUUGAAAUGCAUGCAAGUGUUUUUGUCUUCGUUGUGCAUGUUCCGUUUGCCCUUUUAGAAAAGCCUAACUAGACACCUACAAAGUGGAGAAAUAUAAAUGCAUGCAGUUGCUGAAACUGGCACACUUCUGUUCACUUCUUAUGUGUAUGUGCCAUUUUAGUGUAUAAAGAUAAAUGGCAAAAGUCUGUUUAAGAACAUAGGACCAUCUCAGAAGGCAAAAUUCAUAAAAACUCCCUGCUUUCUGAAAUUAUAUCUGAACAGUGUGAUUUCAGUUUUGUUCUUAUAACAUUCUGUUUUUCAUUUCAAGGAGAACUGUUAGAAAAGAGAACAUUUAAGUACUAAUGCACCUGAAUGAGACAAAAUGGCCUCCCCUUUUUCUUAGAGAAAUACAGUCUGUGUUUUUGGAAGCUGUGCUGGGUUAAUUCCAGCCAGUUGUAUAUGUUACUGGUGCUAGUAGAUAUGGAUGUUUUGCUAUUUACCACUUCCCUGUCCCUGUCUUGACUAUAUAACCUUUUCCUCUUUUGUUGAAUGUUCAUCUAAUUGUUGCAACAGUUAGCCUUUCCUUUCAUUCCAGUGAUUCAAAAUUAAGAUAUUUCUUCUACAAACAAACAAACAAAUUGGGAAUAAUGUUGGGAGAUAUAAACCAGACAUUAUUCAGUGUCUUCUUGUAUUCAGUGUUUUAAAUCUUUAAAAGCAUAAUAAGAGGAGAAUAGCUGUCAUGUGAUCCUAAAGGUACUGUUGUCUGGACUGGGUUUUUUUCCCUUCUGGAAAUAAAACUAGAGUUAUCCAGAAACCUGUAUUGUUUUGUAUAUAAUAUUCUGGAGCUGGGCUGCUUAUAAAUGAAGCUAAUCUGCUGUAAAUCACAGAUAGUGAUGCAUGCGGCAGCAAUUUUAGGAAUAAGCCAUGUUUACUCAGCAUGUCCCAUGAGCCUAGGCACCAGAUGAGAAUUACUUUUACGGUGUUCUUUCAAUACUCCUUUCCCUAUACUCCAUUUGUUUAAAAUGAGAUAACAAACAUGAACUUUUUUAUUUAUAAAUGUGUGUUUUCUACCUUGGCUUUAAGGAAGCAAAAAGAACCUUUUAAAAUGUCCUUUUUAAUUAUUUGAAAUGACUGUUUAUGUUUGUGGGGUUUUUUGCACUGUGAGCCACCUUUGAGGGGCUAUUUUAAAAUUCUGUAUUCAUUUGUACUCUGUGUCUUAAAUAGUUUCAAUAAAAGUGUGAUCCUUUGUUACAAAA